AUGGGCCAUCAAUCGCAAAAGAAAAGAGCCUCGGCACUCCCACGAUCGAUUCUUGUGGAUUGCCGACGCACUCAUUCCUAUAAUUCAACAGGACGGAUGAACAUCAUCUGCAUAAGCAUUGCCGCGAUGGUACUGAUGAGUGCGAGCUCAUCGGAGGCUGGACCUGCUCGUGCUUUCUCUCAAGGCUAUAUUAAGGGAGUUUACGGUAGGUUCUUCGAGCUUUCUCAACAGGGAAACUCUGCGCCGUGCCCAAUCGUGAUCAACCAUUUUGAACAAGGCUCACCCAGCGCGAGCGGUCACACCUGGACGGUUCCACAUGAUAAAAUCGUCCAAAACGGAGUGCUGUGCGAUGGGGACGGGGACCUAGUACUCUACGCGUACGACCAGAAGUCUCAAUCUCCUGCUCCGUUGAAGGAGAACGAUAUUGCUCAGCAGACCUUCGAGAUCAUGAAAAACGAAUCCACAGGAUUCUGGAUGGGGAUCGAUUCCCGCACCUGUGGUAAAUGGAUCUUCCCUAACCCCUCCUUCAUUUUCUUCAUACGAGAGUUUGAACGAGAACUGAAAUCGUUCUUUAACCUUCAGCUUGCUCCGGGAAAAAAGUAUAUGUUUGUUGCUGCUCCUACCUUCACAUGCAUCUACAGUGAGAUUCCGAAGCCGGGGGGCGGUUUGGUGCCACCCGCAACUCCCUCCGGCGGCACGGAUACAGAGGUUAAUUCUGAGGCGACCUCUUCUCCUAUGCAAGAGAAACCGAUCUCUAACGGUAGUGCAGCUACAAGCAAUUUGGUACCGCCUGGAGCACAAGGCAGCGAUACUGAUGCAAACAGUGCAAUCGGUGAACAGAAUGAAGUAUCGACAACCGGUGACGGACCAACUCCAAGCAUGCUUCCCGAUGAAAACGAGGAGAAUGCCCAGGCAAUUACAAACCCAGCAUCUCCUCAGGAUAUAUCCAUUGUGGACAUUGCAAAUGGAUCCGAUGCUCCGUCCCCUGACACGGGUCUAGGGACUGGAAAUGAGAGUAUUGCAGAUAUUAAUGGGAGCUCAGCAGGCAAUUCCGGUGAAGACGCUGAAAUCGCAAUAUCAAGCCCAGCUGAAGACGGGGGCGACGACGGGCUCAUUGACGGUACUGGCGAAGCCGAUGGUGAAAGUCUUUUCGAUUUGGAAUCGAAUUCCGGGGAGUCCUUGUGUUUCCCUGCUUCCGCAAAAGUGGAACUACUCAACGGCUCUGUAGUGGAGAUGCGCAGUUUGACCAUCGGAGAGGAAGUCAAGGUUGCCCCAGAGAGAUUCUCACGCAUCUUCAUGUUCACACACAGUUCGGAAGAUGGAACCUAUUUGUUCGUAAGGAUUGGAACAAGAUGUGGAAAGAAUCUAAGACUGACGCCAGGGCACUUGCUGUACAUUAAUGGAGCUUUAAAACGUGCAUCUGAGGCCAGAGUGGGAGAUUUCUUGUUCUCUGGAAACGCGGGACGAGCACAGAUUACAAGCGUGUCGUACGUCCAUGCUGAGGGUGUAUUCAAUCCACAAACGCUCCACGGCGAUAUCGUUGUCGAUGGGAUUGUUGCUUCUACUUAUACAGCAAACUUCUGA